UGCGCCUGCGCAGUGACUAGCCAAGCGCCAUUUUGAAAGAAGGGUCGUUGUACUUUAAACUAGCGGGCGGCAACGGCGGCUCUCGGGUGCUGAGGAGAGUAGAUGUCGCCGCUGACUGUUCCGGCUGGGUAUGCGUGCCUUAGAGCCCCCGCGGGGUGUCCAAGCCCCCCACUGGGGCUCAGCAUUGUAGCCUCCCCGGCCGGAGCGGAGAGCGAGACUCUUCAGAAAGAUGAGAGGAGAUUCCAUUAGUCAUUUGGAUAAAAGCCAUGGCAUGCUCGUUUGAAAAAGACGGCAUUUACUCGCCUGAAUCUACUGUGUCUUCUCUCCUAGCAAGCUGCAGCCUUAACAGUAGUAACUCCUACUCAAAUGGCUCAAUUCAAUACAAAGACAAGGUAUACAACUCUGCAUCUCAGGCUUUGGAGGCUUAUAUUGAAGAUUUUGACCAAAGUCUUAUGUCUUCAGAAGUAAGCACUGGAAAAAUCUGCAUAGGUCAGAGUACUCCUAAAGAUAAGUCAGCAAAGUAUGCUUCUGUACAAAAAUACGCUUUGGAGGACUUUAACCAGCAAGUAAAACUCAACUCCAUUGCCUUACCUUUUAUAAGACAAACUGUUUGUGACCCAGACUUGAUUAGUCUCACCACAGAUGAUCUACUAGCAUUUCCAGCAGAUGGAUCACUGCCUUUUAUCCACAGGAUUCCUUCUGGGUCAGGGCUUCAAAGUGGCAAGUGGAUUAGGAAGUCACUGAAAAAACCUGCCUUCUAUCCUUAUCAGACUUCUUCAUUUGAUGUUGAAAAAGACUUUGAUUUCCAAGACAAUGGCAACGCUGUGGAUAAUCGAAAUCAUUACAGAGACAUCGACAAAGAGAAACACAAUGUGUAUAAAUCUGACAAAUAUAAUUCUAUAUUUUCUAAAGAAAAUGCAGGGGAUUGCCUUUUUCAACAACACUCUGAGUCCAUUUCUGUCAAGAAUUAUCCAAGGUGGCUUACUAGCCAUAAGUCUGACUUGAAUGUGUCGGGGAUAAGUAGUAUUCCUGAUUUCAAGUACCCAAUCUGGCUAAAGAGUCAUAACCUUUUAUGUGAUUCAGCUAAUCAAAGUUUUAUUCAAACGUUUAACAUGCAAGAUGAAUUUUCCUCUUCACAAAUGUGUGAGAGUAUGAAAAAAAACUACGUUGUGAAUAAAUUAGACUGCAAUUCUUUUGAACAAAAUAGUUAUCUGGAGCCAACAGGUGACAGUGAAGUAACAGGAAAUUGCCGAUAUGUCAGACCAAGUACAGACUUCCAACCUGGCAAUGUUCUCUCAAGACAGUCCAAACAGCCAUUCAGAGAUGACCAGAUUGAGUUGCUUAUCUUGAAGGCAAAGAGAACUCUAGAGUCUUCUGUUGAGAAUUUAUCAAGUGCUCUGGAAAAUGAUGGCAGCCCUUGUACAGUAGAUAUACUGGAAGCAGAAAGAUCCUGGGAAAAUGUUCCAGUUGCUUUCAAACCUCCAGUGCCUGUACGCUGUGAGGAAGAUGAGAACACUCUACAAUCUCCCAAGGCUAGCAUGGUUAAUGAAUUCCUUGAAGACUGUUUAAAUAAUGACAAUCAGGAAAAUACAUUUUCUGGAGGUAACCACCAUGGGCCAGUUGAAGCUUUAAAGCUAAUGUUGUUCAACCUACAAGCAGUUCAUGAAAGCUUUAACAAGAAUAAAACUGCUGAACAAAAUGAUGAAUUUAAAAAACUUUCAGAAGAAGCAGUUUCAGAAUUAAAGCAAUGUGACAAUGUCGUGAUCCCUAUUACCAAGUCCCUUCGAAGGGCUUUACACCAUUUGUCCCGGCUCAAAGGCCUAGUUGAAGAUACCAGCGGCAAACAAGAUCAGAAAGAUUAUCUCCAAGAAGAUGGAAAGGAAAAAAAUCUACAAAUAAGAAAUACCUUGUUGGAAACUGAGCAGUCUAUAUAAUUAAAAUAUUAGUACCUGUAUAAUAACCAUUAACUUUUCUUUGAGAGCAGUUUCAUAGGUCAAAUAUAUUUUUAUUUUUUUAAAUUUGAGAGAAGUGUGUAUUAUUUUAAAAGUACCAUACAGGAUUUCUACACUUUUUUUUAGCAUUGAGGUGAAAACUCCAAAAUGUAUGAGUAAUAAAUAUAGAAUCUAGUAAAAUCUAAUAUUAUCUGGCAAGAUCGAUACUAUAAAGAAUAUUUAUUUUAUUAAAAUAACUUGAGCAACCAUCAAGGAAAAGGCUCUGUGGUCUAUAAAUAAAAUUCAGAAACUCAAAAUGCUACGCCACAUUCAGCGGCCCCAUUACAUCCCCCACACUCUGCUACAAAAUUGAUAGAAAUAAGGAAACUGAAGAGUAUAAACUUACGCAAACAGGAAGGCUUUGCAACAAUAUUACAUAAAAGCUCUAGGAUCAUUGCUUUCUGAUAGAACUUUAUUUUGACAUGAUUAUAGUCAGGAGCAAAGCCUACAGAUUAUUGAAUUUGCUAACUCUAGAAACCCUUCUCUGGCAUUUCUCUAAUACAAGUCAUGUAAUCCCCUUUCAACCAUUAUUUCUAGUUACAGUAAGACAAUAUCAUGACAGAUUUAUAGGAUGAAAUACCAAAGUUCCUCAAGAGGCCAAAUGAGUCUAGCUGUGACCUAUUUCUUUGGAUAGAAGUGCCAUAAAAUAAUAUCACCUAACUUUGAAAAGUAGUCCUUUUUAAGCAUGCAUUUGCAUAGCUGUGCAUUUUCUUCCAUGCACUUUGUCAGUUGAGAGAUUAAUUGCUAAAGGUCAGUUUACCUUUUUGUACUAAUACAGUUGUAUAAAAUCCCCUCAAACCAAGUCAGUAAAGAAGUUUGAAAAGAACCAAUAGAAUGCAUUUAAAAGUUCCGGAAUGCUGCAUCAGUUCUUCAGGCUUAGAGCAGUGUUAAAUAGAUCAUUCAAGGAAAAGCUAGUUUGUCACUUGAAGCCUGGUGCAAUGAUGUUUGAAAUUGACAAAUUUCAUGCUUGUUUUAUUUUUAAAUGCCAGGAUGUGGGAAUUCUUUAUCUAAAUUAUGCCUGUUGCAUACUUCCUAGAAAAGAGCUGAUUUGGUCUCUAAAGAUAUAUGUUGGUAAGUUGGUAAUGAAAUAUAUAUAUUUUUAAUUAAUUAGAUAGGGGCUCAUUAUGUCUCUUCACCACUAUGUACAUGCUUGUGGCUAAGUGUUAACAAAUACUAUUUUACAUCUACAGCUCACAUGAAAACAUUGUUUGGUAUUUGUCAUUUGCAGUAUUUUGAUUAAAAAUAUUGUCAGCAGUUAUGAUUCACAAUAUAUACACUUUAUAAAUAUCAAAUGCAUACUUUUUGUCCAGGUUUUCUCAGUUAGCCUGCAAAGUCUAAACCCAAAUCAGUAAAGAAAGAUGUCUGGUUAUUAAGUAAAGUGGAGUAUCUGUGAGUGGAAGUAAAGAAUAAGCCACUUAACAUAUGGGAUAAAGCAUAGCUUUUACACAUUUUAAUUGACACACAAUAUAUAUAAAUGCCUGUGGUUCCAACAAGAUCCUUCCAGUGCCAGCCUUCAUGGUUCUGCUUUUUAUACUAGUCCUGCAUAAUUGAAAUAGCUGGUUGGGAAGAGGCUGACUUGGUGUAUUGGUAAUAAAAGUACAAGGCGGCCCUAAUUCCUAAGUCCAGCCAGGCUCUGCUUCACACAGGACCCAAGAAAGGGUAUGCCAUUCUUGUAGUUCCCUGAUCUAGGAAUCUUACAACCCAGCUCCUUAUGGCCCCAAUGGGCCCUUCCAUCAGAGAAUAGAAGUACACCUCUACCUGGAUAUAAUGCCACC